AUGGAAGUGAACCUGAACCUGCUCGGGUCUGCGACAAGCAAGGGCUGGCAGAACGAUGACCAGAGAUCAAGCUGGGGGCAGCUGAUGCAUUCUCGCCGACAUGGCCUCACAGGAAGCGCAGGAUUCUCCGAUUUGAAGUCCGAGUUUCUGGAGAUGCUCCAUACUGGGGCAGAUUUCCGGACACCUCUUCACGAGGUCAUGCCGCAGAAGUUGGCCGUGUCCGAAGAUGUCCGCACGAAGCUUCUGAAUCUCCAGUCCCUUCUACAGUGUGUGGCAUACUAUCGACUGCCUAUGCAAUCUGACCACCUCAAUCUCUUCGAGACGUGUUGGAGGGGAACAGCUGAGCCGUUUGCACCAGCACGCCGGCUCGACCUGGAUGAAGUGGCGAGUUUGGGGACAAGGCGGAAGACCAAGCAACUGGCUGAGAGGCCUUGUCAGCUAGACCCGCGCACAUUCGUUGGAUAUUCCCGCGUCCUCCUGCAGUUGGUGUUGCCUGCCGACAUUGCGGACAAGCUUGUGUACGUGAGUACGAACUGGUAUUGGGAUAACCUCAAGGCCAUUCCUUACAGGAAC